AUUUGGUUAGUCGGUUGGUGUGUUUCGAUAGAGAAAGAGCAUUAAGGAGUAUAAUGGAAACUAAAGGUAUCAAUUACUAUGAGAAAGUUCUCGACAUACGACGGGUCAUAGACGAGGCACGGGUGCAGGACUCCGAUGAGGCGCUCAACAUAUGCGAUCUGUCCACUGUGGAGCGCAUGUUUCAACUGUGGCAGCAGAAUAUGCCUCGGGUUAAGCCCUUCUAUGCCGUCAAAUGCAAUGAUGAUCCUCUCAUUCUUCAAACUCUGGCCAAACUGGGUGCUGGCUUCGAUUGUGCCUCUAAAAAUGAAAUGAAGCAGGUGCUCGAUUUGGAUGUUGAGCCCGAACGGAUUAUCUUUGCCAAUCCCUGUCGUCCUAUUAGCCAUUUGGAGUAUGCCAAAAAAAAUCAGGUUCUAAAGUGCGCUGUGGACAACGAAUUUGAGAUUUACAAGCUACACAAACAUUUUCCCAACUCUAACUUGAUUGUGCGCUUCAAGUCUGAGGCCAAAAAAGCUCAAUGCCCCCUGGGCGAUAAAUUUGGUUGCGAUGCGGACAUCGAUGCUUCUGCCUUGAUGCUGUUGGCGAAAUCUCUGAAUUUAACAGUUACGGGCAUUAGUUUUCAUGUGGGUUCUGGUUGCAUGGAAUCGCAGGCAUAUGAGCGCGCCAUCAGAAAGGCCAAGAACUUAUUCAAAUUUGGAGAACUGUUGGGCUACGAUAUGAAUCUGCUCGAUAUUGGCGGUGGUUUUCCGGGCAGCAAUGAUGAGCAGUUUGAAAAGAUCGCUGAGAGUAUAAACAAGGCGGUGCAAAGAUAUUUUCCUGAUGAACGCAUUAAGAUAAUCUCCGAACCGGGUCGCUUCUUUGUGGCUGCUGCCUAUACACUGGUGUGCAAGAUUCACGCCAAACGAGAGGUGCGCGAUGAGGCAGGCAAACUGGACACCGUGAUGUACUACCUGAAUGAUGGUGUCUAUGGCUUAUUCAAUUGCGUACUCUAUGAUCAUCAGCAGGUCACAGCGCAGCAUUAUUUGAAUGACGAUUCAUCCUUGCCCACCUUUAAGAGCUUAAUAUGGGGUCCCAGUUGCGAUGCGCUGGAUAAGAUAUCUGAGAAUGUCAGCUUGCCCAACUUGAAUCGCGGUGAUAUCUUGGGUUUUCCGAAUAUGGGUGCUUAUACGGUGCCCAUUGCGAGUGCGUUUAACGGGUUUCCGUUGGCCAGAACCUUGUACUUUAAGGCUAAAUGACUAAAAUGCAGUUAUAAAUACAACAACAUGUGUGUUAGUAA